UUACAUUUCAUUGUCUUAAAUUAUUUGACAGCUUGCAAUUAUUUGGAAUUUCGUUUUAUAUUAUAAACUGUUUAAUAAUUGCAGUUUAUACUGUGAAAGUGCAAUUUCACAUUAAAGUUUCCUGUUUUAUAUAAAUAAAUAGUUCACCGUCAAAACGACCGGUCAAAAUACAAUGGAAGUCGACGAGGAAGAUUUCGAGGUACCAACCUCAAGCAGCAAGGGUGAAAAGAAGCGUUUCGAUGUAAAGAAAUGGAAUGCUGUGGCGUUGUGGGCUUGGGAUAUUGUCGUUGACAAUUGUGCCAUUUGCCGCAACCACAUCAUGGAUUUGUGUAUCGAAUGUCAAGCAAAUCAAGCGUCGGCCACCAGCGAGGAAUGUACUGUCGCUUGGGGUGUCUGUAAUCACGCUUUUCAUUUUCAUUGCAUCUCUCGUUGGUUGAAGACUCGGCAGGUGUGCCCAUUGGAUAACAGAGAAUGGGAGUUCCAGAAAUAUGGUCAUUAAAAAAAGACUGGAAUGAGAAGAUGUAGUUAUAUACUUACAUUCGCGAGCGUGUUUUCGUACAUGCAGGUUAAUAACGUUUUAGCUACUAAAAUAUCGUCUUAUUUUCCAAUUAAAAAGUACAUUACUGUAUAGGAAUGCCAGUUUGCCAAUUGGUCGAACCUCUAAAUAAACGGAUUUGUGUACAAAAAGUCCCCUACUAAUUUAUCUUCAAAAUAAAAAAAAAUUCAUUUAUAUAAA